AUGUCUACAUUGCCGACUCUCGAGAGCUACGAUCUUUACACUGUGGGAUGGUUGGCCGUACUCCCACUUGAACUGGCUGCGGCAGAAGCUAUGCUUGACGAGGAGCACGAGAAGCCACUAAACUUUGUACAGAAUCAAAGCGACAAGAAUGCAUACACGUGGGGCCGAAUUGGAGAGCACAAUGUUGUGCUCGCUUCUUUGGCUGCUGGAGUGUAUGGUACAGUUUCCGCGGCCACCACGGCCUCGCAGAUGCUCUCUUCGUUCCCGAACAUCAAAUUUGGCUUACUGGUCGGUAUUGGGGCGGCCUUCGCAAGACCCGAAGAUGGGUGUGACAUUCGCCUAGGCGAUAUUGUUGUUAGCCAACCAAGUGAGCAGUAUGGUGGCGUUGUGCAAUUUGACUUGGGAAAGGCAGUCGCCGGCGGGCAUUUUGAGCGCAAGGGAAUGCUCAGCAUGCCGCCCGAGGCUCUUCUUAAAGCACUUGCCAAGAUUCAGGCUCGACAUGAGAGGAAACCUUCAAAGGUCCCCGAAAUAUUGGCCGAGAUGCUCAAAAACGACCCUCAGAUGGCAAAGGCAAAGCCGGGUCGGUCAAGCUACGGAUAUCAGGGAGAGAUCAACGACAAACUCUUCGAUUCAACCUCGGAACACAUCACCGGAAGGUCGACCUGCAAAGAGUGCAAUCUUGAAGUCAUCCGAGACAAGCGAGAGUCAUCCGAGCCUGAGAUCUUCUACGGAACAAUCGCAUCUAGUAACACACUGAUCAAAGACGCGAAGUUCAGGGAUGCAGUUUGGGAGGCCAACCAGACAUGUAUUUGUCUCGAGAUGGAAGCGGCCGGAAUCAUGAACAGUUUUCCUUGUAUCGUCAUUCGUGGUAUUUGUGACUAUGCGGAUUCCCACAAGAACGACCGAUGGCAACGCUACGCUGCCGCGACAGCCGCUGCAUAUGCCAAAGAGCUUCUCGGGUACGUUUUGCACGACGAUGUCAAGCAAACGCAAAGCGCGGUGGAAAUUUUACAAGGCCUCUCGCACGACCUCAUUGAGACACAUUCGACUGUCAAAAUGAUCGGUGCAACGACUGCCAAGAUAUAUGCUAAUGAUGGACAUCAGAAGAUCUUACGAUGGCUUUCGGCCCCAGAUCCAUCAACAAACUUUAAUGUUGCACUAAAAGAUCGUCACAAAGGAACGGGGCGGUGGUUCAUACAGAGCAAAGCUUUCAGGAAGUGGCAAAAGCAGCCAAGCUCGUUCCUGUGGCUCCAUGGAAUUCCUGGCUCUGGAAAGACUGUCUUGACUUCUACGAUCAUCGAGACCCUCGAACAGUUCAAAUACGCCCGCGUCCUGGACAAAAUGAUGAUAACGCCUUCUAAGCUGGCUUCAACCCAAAUGCUUCUCUAUUUCUUCUUCGACUUCAAGGACAAGGAAAAACAGACUCUUGAUUCUGUUCUUCGUCAUUGUAUAACGCAAGCACGUUUGUACCUGCCUGAUGCUGCGCCCGUCAUCGAUCAAUUAUGGGCUUCGCACAGGGACGGGAGCCGCCAGCCGAAGACUGAUGACCUCAGAUCUGUGCUCGGCACCAUGUUGAGUACAUUUGACAAGGUAACUUUGAUCCUGGACGCAGUUGAUGAAUCAACAACCCGACGAGAUGUGCUCGAAUGGGUAGAAACCCUUGCCAGAACUGACUGUUUUCGUAUCUUAAUCACUUCCCGGCGGGAAGCAGAUAUCGAAUCGAACUUGUUGCGCUGGACUCAAUCAAUAAACUGGAUUGGUAUCCAGAGCAAUGACGUGGACAAAGAUAUCCGUGGAUAUGUCCGGCAUCGCAUUGAGCAUGACUCUAGUCUUGGACGAUGGCGAAAUCAACCGAAAGUGAUGAGUGAAGUGGAGACCAAACUAAUGGAGCAGGCAGACGGAAUGUUUCGCUGGGUGGCUUGUCAACUUGAUGCACUGGCAACUCGCUUGGACUAUCGUGAUCUUCAAAAAGCCCUCAAUUCGCUUCCAAAAACCCUCGAAGAGACAUACGGCCGAAUUCUGGACAGGAUACCGCACGAGUACAUGGAGAAAGCAACGGCGAUCCUGAGACUUCUAUUAUGGUCUGAACGACCAAUCACCCUCGCCGAAAUUGUUGAUGCUAUUGCAACACAUCCAUACGAAGUACCUGGCUUUGAUCCCAUAGAUAGGCUCCCCGCCCCAAGAGAGGUAUUGCAAAUCUGUCCAAGCCUCAUCACAAUUGCUAGAAGUAGCAACACCGAUUCCGGGUCACUUUCGGAAGAAGGUUGCUUCAUUCAGCUUGCUCACUUCUCGGUUAAAGAAUAUCUUCUUUCGGACCACUUGCGAUCCUCUUUCCAGGCGGUGUCGGAUGAGCUUGCUUCCAGGAUGUCGAUCACGGAGAUUUGUCUAAGCUAUCUAUGCGUCCUGAACCUAGACCAAGAUCUCCCAUUGCUCCAGCUUAAAAUUACAUUUCCGUUCGCUGAAUUCGCCGCCACCUCCUGGACUGCCAACGCAAGGAGCGCUGCAACCUUCAGCGCAGUUCUUCAAUCUCGAAUUGUCGAUUUCUUGUUGCAUCAGAAAGAAGCAUUUGCUACCUGCUGUCGCUUCUUCAAUCCUGAUAAUCAAAUGAACAAAAGAGAAGAAUCACCUGCGCAUCCAGUCGAUCAGCUCUAUUUUGCUGCCAUGGAAGGCUUAGAAUACUCGAUCUACGAUCUGAUAAAGCAAGGCUUCAAUCCCAGCUCAAGCGAAGGGAAAUAUGGCAGCGCAUUGCAAGCGGCGUCAUUCCGAGGCCAUGAGGAUGUCGUAAAAAUACUUCUAAAGGAAGGUGCUGAUGUCAACGCACAGGCAGGACUCUAUGCUACUGCACUGCAAGCCGCUUCAUCUCAUGGCCAUGAAUCUAUUGUACGGCUGCUGCUUGAUCAAGAUGCCAAGAUCAAUGCCGAAGGCGGUCAAUUUGGCAAUGCUUUACAAGCGGCCUCUGCACACGGACAUCGCAAGACCGCGGCAGUCCUGCUGGAAGGAGGGGCU